UUUUAACGCAAGUCAAAAAAUGUCAGACGAAGAUUUGGAAGAGGAAAAAGCUGGAGAAGAGGGUGAAGGAAAGGAGAGAUAUCCUUAUGGAGAGUAUGAAGGGGAAAGAGACGAUCAGCUGGAUAGACAUGGGUUUGGAAGUGCGUUGUUGCCCAAUGGAGAUAUAUACGAAGGAGAAUAUUACCAUGGAAGAAGGCAUGGAAAAGGCUUGUACUGUUUUAAAAAUGGCGCUAGAUACACUGGAUUGUGGCGAAAAGGUCUAAAACAUGGCCACGGAGAAUUCUUGUAUCCUGAUGGGUCGAAAUACAUAGGGAAUUGGAGAAAAGACUUGAAACAUGGACAAGGUACUUAUUAUUACGUAAACGGAGACACUUACGAAGGAUGCUGGUACAGAGGAUUGAGACAUGGUCUAGGUAACUACACUUACAAGUCGGUAAAUGUCACCCACUAUGGAACAUGGAAAAAUGGAAGAAUGCAAGGUUCUGGAAUACUAAACUAUCCAUACUAUAGAUAUCAUGGUAAUUUCGAAAAGAAUUUGCCUAAGGGAAAGGGAUGCUUUACUUUUGAUGGAAAAUACAUGCAGCAUGGCUUCUACAUUAAUAUUAGAGACCCAGCUUUCGAUUAUGUAGGAGCUGACGAAUUAAAACUAGAAGAAACCAGUGAAGAAAAAGUAGAAGAUUUGAGAACACCGCUAGGAAUAGUACCAAUAUGGAGAGCCAGGGAAAUAACCGAGUACAAAACAGAACUUUUACCGCCAGAACCAACAGCGUUGAUGGUAAAAGACUCUGAAGAUUCCCUCCUAGAUAUCAUAGAAUAUCUUCAGCAACAAUAUGACGAAGCCAAGCCCUCGGAUGAAGAGGAACAUCGUACCACACCUUCACCUGUACCUCAAGACUUAAUUGUUGAUAUUGCUGGACUAGAUUUAGAUAACCUUUAAGCCUAUGCGUUGUUGUAUAUCGUUCAAAUAAUUAAAGUU